AUGAACCGCGAACCAGUGCCCUCGUCUUUCGACGAGAACCCCCAAUUCACCGAAGAGACCGGCACACAGAAGUUCACCAGACGUCUCAAAGAAGAGCCCCUAGUCCCAUUAGGAUGUGCGGCAACAUGCUACGCCCUCUACCGGGCCUACCGCUCGAUGAAAAGCGGCGACUCCGUUGAAAUGAACCGAAUGUUCCGCGCCCGCAUCUACGCCCAAGCCUUUACACUGGUCGCACUCGUCGCAGGCGGGAUGUACUUCAAGACCGAGCGACAGCAGCGACGAGAAUUCGACCAAGCAGUGGAAAUCCGGAAGAAGCAAGAGAAGCGGGACGCGUGGUUACGGGAGCUGGAGAUUCGCGACAAGGAGGAUCGCGAGUGGAGGGAGCGACAUGCUUCCAUUGAGGCUGCUGCGAAGGAGGCUGGCAAGGCUCAUGAGCCUGAUGCGGCGCGGUCUUCUCUUGAGCGGGCGGAUGAGAAGACUGUUGGUGUUUUGGAUGCUGUUAAGGCGUUGGUAGGGAAGUGA